GUAACCUUGGAAACCGUCAACUUCCUAUUGCUGACUAAACAUGGCGGAGGAGGAGGCGGCGGCAGCGGCACGAGAAACGAGUCUUCAGCUUCCAGUUUCUACUGAUUAUAAGAGACCACGAUCAAAAAAAGUACAAGAGUUACCAAUUUUGGAAAGAAGGAACUGGUUGAUUCAUCUUCACUAUAUCCAGAAGGAUUAUGAAACCUGUAAGGCUAUUAUUAAAGAACAGCUUCAGGAAGCUCAGGGGACAUGUGAAUAUGCAGUGUAUGUACAAGCACUUAUAUUUCGUCUUGAAGGCAAGAUACAAGAGUCAUUGGAACUAUUUCAGACGUGUGCUAUUCUAAACCCUCAAAGCUCUGACAAUCUAAAGCAAGUUGCAAGAUCUCUGUUCUUGCUUGGAAAACAUAAAGCUGCAAUUGAGGUUUACAAUGACGCAGCAAAACUGAAUCAGGACUGGGAAAUCUGCCACAACCUUGGAGUGUGCUAUAUGUAUCUAAAAGAUUUUAAAAAUGCAAGUGAACAACUGAACUAUGCUCUGCAGCUCAAUAAACACGACAUCACAUUUAUCAUGCUUGGGAAGAUGCACAUGCUAGAGGGAGACACUGAUAAGGCUAUUGAAGUUUACAAAAAGGCUGUUGAGUUUUCCCCAGAGAACACAGAAUUGUUAACAACGCUUGGACUUCUAUACCUAAAGCUUGGUAUUUAUCAAAAAGCCUUUGAACACCUUGGGAAUGCACUAACAUAUGACCCAAGCAACUAUAAGGCAAUUCUUGCAGCAGGCAGUAUGAUGCAGACUCAUGGAGACUUUGACGUGGCUAUGACGAAAUACAGAGUGGCUGCUUAUUCGGUUCCAGAAAGUCCCCCACUUUGGAAUAACAUUGGAAUGUGCUUCUUUGGAAAGAAAAAAUAUGUGGCAGCAAUCAGCUGUUUAAAAAGGGCAAAUUAUCUGGCACCUUUUGACUGGAAGAUUCUUUAUAACCUCGGUCUAGUCCACCUGACCAUGCAGCAGUAUGCCUCUGCCUUUCAUUUUUUAAGCGCUGCAAUCAAUCUACAACCAAAAAUGGGAGAACUCUACGUGCUCUUGGCUGUUGCACUGACUAACCUAGAAGAUAUAGAAAAUGCCAAGAGGUCAUAUGAACAGGCUGUAAGCCUAGAGUUAUUUAAUCCCUUGGUCAAUCUCAACUAUGCCAUCCUAUUGUAUAACCAGGGUGAUAAAAAAGGAGCUCUACAGCAAUAUCAGGAAAUGGAGAGGAGAGUGAAUAAAAUCAAGGAGAGCAGUAACAACACUGAGUUUGACCCAGAGAUGAUUGAAAUGGCUCAGAAGAUGGGAGCAGCUCUUCAGGUUGGAGAGAACCUUGUUUGGACUAAGCCAGCCAAAGAUAUGAAAUCAAAGCAAAGAAAUACUUCUUCUAGUAAACCCUUGACAUUACAGCAGCCUCUGGGCUCAAACCAGGCUUUGGGCCAAGCAAUGUCAUCAGCUGCUGGCUACAGUAAAUCGAUACAGCUUUCAACAGGUGGGAGUCGCCAAAAGCCCCCGUCUUUGCCACUGGAGCCUGACGUGUGUACAGAUGCCAACACUGGCGAGUCCAGCUUUACUCCGGAAGUCAAGGACAAGUAGGGAACGUGGACAGGACAGGAGCGCAGAGGUACACAAAGAGUUCAAUCAUUCGAUUUUCAGGUGUUUCGUUAGAAUUCCUUUUAUAUAUUAGAAUAUUUUUGUUAAAAAAAGUAUUUAACUACUUUAAACACAAUUGAAGUUUUUAUCCUGUUCCUAUUUGAUAGGCUUAAAAAAAACACAGGAAUUUUUAAAGCCAUUCUCACCCCAAACAUAUCUCAGUUGUACAGGUUGGAUUAUUUCAAACAUGUUAAUAAUGUGAAAUUGUACAAGUUUUGUAUUUGCAAAUACAUUAAUCAAGUUUUAUGUUUGUAAAAAGCUCUGUAUUUACUAUUUAAAAUAGGAAUGUAAUAUUACUGUUAAUUUAUAUUAGAAAUAAAUUUGUACAAAUGA